GACAUCAUUAUUUUUUUUUGUGUGAACAGGACAUUAUUAACUUUUACAAAAAGAGGAGGGAGGGGGGAGAGCACACCGUGUGAAGAAGGGUUGUCGUGCGAGGAAAGACAUUGUAACCAAAUUUGAAGCGGUGCUGCAUCCUCAUGUGCACAUAUAUAUAUAUAAGCAUCUCCCACAGCUGGUUUCUUAAUUCAAUCUUCAUCUCUCCCUUGGCUACACUCUCUUUCUGUUCUCCUCUCUUUAAGGCAUUAAACUCCCUCAUGGCUUGAUGCUCACAUCAUCAAAUCAUUGGAUCUUUUGGAGAAGAUCACCAUUGAAAGCUUUCCCAUUUUCAGGUUUCAAACCUCCGGUCGCUCGUCGUUCUACAAUAGCAUAUUAUCAUCAGGUGAUGAAGCUUGGCUGGCGUCACAAGCUCAAGCCUCCAUCUCUGGGGCACAGUUAGUGCCUCCCCCAUUCUUGUUGUCUCCGUCAGCAAUUCCGGUUACUUAAAUUCUUCCGAUUAGAAUAUGGAAUUCGAAUAAUUGUUUGCAGUAUUCUUGCCUGUAGCUAAAAGCACUAACGCUAAAUGGAUCUAUGGAUAUGGUAAGGGCGAGUUUUUGAUCAACAUGACCAUAUAUCGUGAAUUGCGCAUCAAUAUUUAUGAUCUCAAAUAUAUGUGGACUGGCAUGUCGCGAAUGCAUUUAGUUUAAUCUUUGUAAUGGUAGAUCGUACUAUUGCUUAUGUGUGAAUGAUUAUAGAAUAAAUUAGCGUUGCUUCGUGCGGACUAAUGUUGUGAUAUGUUUCUUUUCUGGUCUGUAGGACGAGGAUCUUCCCCAAGGGAACGUGGGAAUAGCAUGGCUCAUAACCGGCCGUCAAGCGUUAGCCAAGAGUACAAGGCAGCCCUCAGAACAGAUUCGUACGUAGAACUCUGGAAUAAAGUCCAGUCCCAGUUCAUGAGAUCGACGAGCAUCGGUCUCCUCACCUCGGUGUCCUCAAGAAACCUCUUCAUAGACCACUUCUCCGAUACCCUGCUCGAACCGGGCAGAGAAACUUUGGCAAGCAUGAUCAAGAACCUGCGCCUCCAUCACCUCCUCGUGGAUUACUUCGAGGCGAGCUCCGAAGGGUGUGACGUUUGUGAGCUCCUUUUCAUCGGGGUUUACCAGACUAGAGUGAACUACGAGCGGAUUAGGAAGGUCAUCAGGCUGACUCGCAGUGCCUACGACUGCUCAAGUAAUUAUACCGACUGUCAGUGCAAAGUCAUCUCCCGAGAACUUGGAGCAUUCUCGUCGCUAAGGAAUCCAUUAUCAGUUGUCAGCCCAGUGCAGUUCCAUGAUAUGAAUGAAAGCUACACAAUCCUCUUCCAUGAGCUCAUCGAGAAACGUGAGAGGAUCAAGAGGAAAGCGAAGCUGGCUAGAUUCUGUGAGCAAACCGGAAGUUGCUGCCUGGUUGUCUUGUGCGAGGUAAUGGGAAUCGCAUCAUUCGUGCUUGCGGCCCACGGGGUGCUUGUGGCAGUGGCUGUCCCAGGGCUAAUGUCUUCGUGCUUCGGCUUACGGCUCUUCCCUAAUAAUAAGGAGAAACCGAUCAAUGACAGCCCAUUGUCAACAUUUUCACGUCCUAACCCUAAGAAACAGAAUAAGAAUAAGAGCCCCAAAAACAAGAGGCUGAGCGCACAGCUCGAUGUGGCAGCGAAAGGGCUUUACAUACUGCUCAACGACAUGGGCACAAUGGGCAGCCUCCUGGGGAGGCUGCGAGAUGAGAUCGAGCACACCCGAGAGUGGGCCGACAUGGGAGCUAAGAAUUCAAAGAGCGAUGAGAUUCUCAAGGAAGUCGUGAGGGAACUCGACUUGAACUGUCUGUGCAUCAUGGAGCGACUAGAGGAGCUCGAGGAACUCAUCUACCUGUGCCUCCUCACCAUUAACAAAUCCAGAAGGUCUCUCCUUCAAGAGAUAAUGCUGUCCUCUCCAAGGCAAGAAGAUGGCAAAUGACAAUUGCGAACAUUGAUUGAUGUUCGGGGUUGCGCUGAUACAAUCUGCUGAUUCGUGAUUCACCAAAAUUUGACAUCAAUUCGUUCCAUUUCCAUUAACAUAUUAGGUUGAUCAUACUCAGAGUCAAUAUUCUUCUCUGUGAUUUGCAUUAAACCUGAAACAACCGCUUCUUGUAUCUGCUUCUAUUGCCAUGACUUGGGAUCGUCGAGUUUAAUUAAGCGAGGGGGACUCGAUUGGGUCUGAUGAUGAG